CGUUAACGUGACAGCCUGUGGUCUGCCUCCUCAGAGACAAUAAAAGGGCUCUAUAUUUGAAUGAUUCAGACAAGAGGGGAAACAUGCCAAGCUGUUGGAAGACUUAGCUUUGCUGGACUGAGCAGAAGAAUGCAAAGGAAAAGUUUGUUACCUUCUACAGAUAUUUGCACCGGAUGAAGUUCAUAAAUUGCAGGAAAGCUGCUUUUUGAGAUUUUGAAUUGAGUGAUGCCUCAUGGGCGAACACGCGUUCGGACCUCCGCUGAUAACAAAGAGGACUGCGACAAGAAAGAAAAUUAAACCAAGUCUUAGUCAUUAUUAGUUACCAAGGCAGUUAAAAGAAACAUCAGCUAGACAUCAGUUUGAUUAGAAGGGUAGCUGACACGGACCUUGACAGUCCUCGCUGUUAAUCUUCACUUUUCAACUCCAGAACGAACCAAAUGCAGACAGAAAGAUGAAUUUGGGUAAGGCUUUACUAUUUGUCCUCCUCCUCAACUGUGCAACUUUGAGUUCAUCCCUGUCAACUUGUGCCACCGUGGAUAUUGACCAUAUGAAGAGGAAAAGGGUUGAGGCGAUACGAGGUCAAAUUCUGAGCAAACUCCGACUGACAAGUCCCCCACAUUCCCUUGCACCGAGUAAAAUCCCUGAUCAAAUCCAAGCAUUGUAUAACAGCACCAAGGAGCUACUGGAGGAGCUGGGGAGGGACCGGCAGCAGAGUUGCGGUCAGGACAACACAGAAACAGAGUACUUCGCCAAAGAAAUACACAAGUUCGAGAUGCUGUAUGGAUCGUCAGAAAGCAAUGAUCUGCCCUACUGCCCAAAAGGCAUCACCUCUAAGGUUUUUCGUUUCAAUGUCUCUACCAUGGAAAGGAACUCCACAAACCUCUUCAGAGCAGAGUUCCGAGCCCUGAGGGUCCCAAACAAUGACGCCAAGAAGAAUGAACAGCGGAUUGAGCUCUACCAGAUUGUGAGGCCAAAUGAACACAUUAGGAAACAACGCUACAUUGGAGCCAAGAAUGUGCUGACCAAAGGUACUCCAGAAUGGGUGUCCUUCGAUGUGACUGAAACGGUGCGGGAAUGGCUGAUUAACAGAAGAUCCAAUAGGGGUUUGGAAAUCAGUGUGCACUGUCCCUGCCACACCUUCAGUCCAAAUGGUGACAUCAUUGAAAAUGAAUAUGAGGUCCUGGAGGUGAAGUUUAAAGGUGUUGAUGGAGAUGAUGAGCAGAGUCGCUUAGAUGUGGAUCGCCUAAAGAACAAAAAGGAACAAUAUCGUCCUCACCUCAUCCUCAUGAUGAUACCACCCCACCGCCUGGACAAUCAGUCCACACGCCGACGCAAAAGAGCGCUGGACACAAACUACUGUUUCUCAAACACAGAGGAGAGCUGCUGUGUUCGCCGACUUCACAUCGAUUUCCGGCGUGACCUGGACUGGAAGUGGAUCCACGAGCCCAGUGGUUACGAUGCCAACUACUGCUCUGGGCCCUGCCCUUACCUUAGGAGCUCAGACACAACACAUAGCUCGCUCCUGAGCCUUUACAACACUUUGAAUCCUGAGGCAUCUGCCUCCCCCUGCUGUGUUCCUCAAGACCUGGAGCCCCUCACUAUACUCUACUACUCUGGACGAACCCCUAAAGUGGAGCAGCUCUCCAACAUGAUUGUCAAGUCUUGCAAGUGUAGCUGAAAGAACAAAAAAAAGCAGGUUGCAUGGCAGGAUUUUACGAGGUACAGACCAAACCCACACUUGAUGACUUUUGGACUCUGAGCUGUGACAAAUACUAAACUGACACUGUGGCUUCUUGGCUGAGAUCUGAUCUGAACACCACUGUAAAGGUCACAUAUUUUAGGGAUGCAGUUUUUUUUUUUCCAAAAACUUGAGAUCCUUUUUUUGUUUAUUUGUCAUUUCCACUUUUGUACUUUUCCUCAAUUUCACUCCGUUCUGGGUGGUGUGUAGUUGAUUUCUUUUUUUUUUUUCUUUUUUUUUCUUUUAAGCCAAAUUUUGCCCCACCCAAAACUAAAACAGGUCUUAAAAUACCUCCAUUUUCAUGUAUUCCUAAGGCUAAUUUGCAAAGAGCAGCUAUCUGUGACAAGACAAAAAAGGAGACAUCAACAACUUGGAGCUGCUUUAUGAACACUGGCUAAAGUAGACUUAUUUUGUGUUGUGUUUCACAAUGAAAUACUCCCAAAGUUAUCGUCUCAACAUUGUCACCGGUGCAGUUUUCUCAUUUCUGGCCUAAGUAUUAAAUUAUUAAUAGUCAUUAUUAUAGACAGUGCUCUCCUUAGCGGACAAAGAGUUCUUUCAGGUUGGUUUUUCCUUAAACUUGCUUUAAGUUCCCUUCACUUCAAACAGUGGGCAUUAUCUUCAAACACAAAAGGAGAAAGGACAGACUCGCUGCUGUAUCCAAAGCCAUAACUGUGGUCAGGGAAGAGGAGAGCUGAGAGAGAAUGCCUGUUGGAUUUGCAAUGGAAAGUCAAUGAACAAAGAAAUUGAGCCAAGCUUCUUUUUCUUUUGGCCAGCCAGCCUGCAAUGGCCUUUUUUUUUACAAUUUUUUUCUCUUUAUUCAGUGCAUCUAUUAAAAGGAAUAGAAGAUGAGGAGGACGAGGGGACUUGCAUGUGAUGGAAACUAAUCAAGAGCCCACUGCCAUUCACUGGAUGUUUUCAUCCCAAAUAGGUUAGAAUUCUUUUUGGGACAUCAAAGAAUAUACUGGAAGACAGCAAGUGUUAUGCAACAGGUUUUUAUGGGAUUUCUUUUACAUUAAUAGCAGAUUUAGUCUGUUAUGCAACUUGUCAUAUAGUGAUUUUUUCACUAACUGGGAAAAGAGCUGACAUGUAUUGCCAUAAUUCAUUACGGAAGCAAUUUUACUGUUAUGUUUACUUGUGAUUUAGAAACAAUGUGCAACAUUUGUGUCUAUCAACAAAUUACUUUAAGCUGUUCCAUGUGAUCCAAUGUGUGUCUGACGUUUUGCAUUUUCAUAGGUAGGUAGCAAUCUCUUCAAAGUAAACAUUGCAGCACUUUUCUUCAGCAAAAACAGGAAAUGUAAUUUAAAAUGUUGUUUACCUUUUUUAUUUGUAGUUUUCUCAACUUACUGUCCUAUCAACUCACCUGUCACACUUCACUCCAGCCAGUUUAAAGGGAGUUUCAUGUGCAGUCAGGACUCUGCUGUUCCCAAAACACUGCAGUCUUUCAUUCCCUGUGCGCUCUGUCUAUGUUUGUUUUGGUGCUCUUUUACAGUGUGAAGCCCUAAUGGAACAAAAAUGGCGAGGGAGGAGAAAAAGUCAUAACAUGACAGUGGCUGGUUGUACAGUUAGAACUCAUUUUCUCCGAGUCAGGAGAACAAACCUAAAAUCCCUGUAUUGCUUGAGUUUAACCUAGUUGGAGUCAUCAAGCCUUUUAGGAGAUGUUUUUGGCAGUAUUAUUGUUUGACAUGACCUGUUGAUCGUGACUGUUAUUAAAAAGACAACAUACAAAACUGUAUGAGCUCCUUUUAAGCCAUAAAAAUCCCUUCAGUAAGUGCUUUUCCUUUGAAUAAUCAAAUGUAACAGAUCUGUAAAAUCAUUUAAAUCCAGAUGAGGAAAAGAUGAAUUUAUUCACCAACUUUGUCUGCCAUACUGAAAUGCCAUUUAAAAUGCCAUUUUCUCAUAGUGUUUUGGUUCCAUGCAAACAUAAUUUUUCUUACUUGAAUCUCACCAGCCCCACCUGUUUCCUGCAGGCACAAGCUUUUUUUUUUUUAACUGGAGUAAUAAAUUUAAUGCUCUUUUUCAGGGAUUGAUGCUUAACAGCUUUCCCAGGCAAAAAGCUAUCACUCCUAUUUUCAGGGCAUAUUAAUUCACAGAUGUCUCAUUAUUUUCUAAUUUUUUCAUAAAAUGAUCAGCAUAAAUCACACAAAAACUUGUAUUUCACAUAAAUACAUAGAAAGUACCACUGUCUAGGUAUUUAUACUCCCCUAGUAUGACAUUGUUUUGUCAUUUUUGUUCAGUGGAUGACAAUGACUGCAUGAUUUGAUAAGUUUAAUUUUGUUUGAGAUGUUUCAGUUUUAAAAGAAAUAUCGUUUGGAUGUGAGAGAGUGGGGUUGAGAUGCCACUUGGCACUAACCAAGACAAAGUUUCAUGCAUCCACAGGAAAAGACAUAUAUAGAAAAUCAGAGUAAACUAACCAGUUUAACUUGCAAAUCCACCUUUUACAUAUUAUUAUACCACAGUCACAUGUUGUUUAUAUUUUUUAGAGGCUUAUUGACUUAUUUUUAAUUGGAAUAUCGAACACAUAAUAUAAGUUGAUGAAAACUGGAUAAUCCUGCAGAACACGUCUGGUUUUAACGUCUAAUAAAUAAUUAUUUAAAUGCUUAUUUAAAAUAAUGUGAUUUAUUAGCUGAUAUAAAUACAUUUUUAUGUCAUCCUCAUCACUGCAUUGCACACACAGAUACUGAGGGAUUUUGGGGUGAGUUAAUAUGGACUGACAAGUAGGCAGAGAGAAUUCCCUUUCUCUGUGUGCCCAUUAUUGUCCCCUGUCACGAUCAAUCAGUGAUGAACCAUGAUGGAAACACAAAGACCAGAGGGCAUAGCAAGGUCCAAACAGAGGUUGGAGCUUUAAUGGCUUUGCAGACAGCCCUGUACUAACAAACACACGUAACUGGUACAGAGCAGCCAUGGCCCACGCAUGAUUGACUUUUAAACCCUCAGCAAAGGCCAGCAGAAGUCAUGCCACUUACUUAUAUUCAAGCCUGUAAUUUGGGCUUGCUAGAAGAAUUCAACUAGUAUAAACAUGAGGUUUCUUACAAGUUUAGUGUCACAUAGAGUAUUUAUUUUUAUUUCUUAGUGUCUUUUCUGUUUGAGUGCUACAAUGGAAACAGGCUGGCGGUGGUGAUGGUGAGGCUUCUUCUAGGUUUUGCUUCAUUCUUUCUAUUCAUGCAAAAAGUCAUUUUGGCCAAUACAGUGGCAAGCCACUGUUCAGCCAAGUCAUACAGUAACACGCUCACAGUGAGAGAAAGACAGGAAACGUUUGCUGGAGUUAUGAGCUUGUCAACUGUGACAUGACAUGGCUUGUACUAAUGUAUAGCCUGUUCAACUGUUUAAAAAGUUUUACUAUCCACAUGGAUCCAAAAGGGACCACUGCAGGUAAUUUUUUUAAAUUGUGUAGAUAUUUUGAAAAUGGCUGGACAAUAAAAAAAAAAAUAGUAAUAAUAAAUAAACA